GAGUCCAAGCCUGAUAAUCAACGACGUUGGCAUAUUACUGGAUUUACAGCUGAAUGUAUUCAGGCCCUUCUUCAUCAACAUCAAUCUUCCAUACUCUGUCAUCCAUGGUGAAGAGGUAGUGUUACAAGUAAACAUCUUCAACUACAUGACUGAAAAUCUCACAGUUUUAGUGACCCUAGAACAAAACUCAGAUUUUCAAAACAUAGUCGUUGAUGACUUGGGAUAUACACAUUAUGAAUCCAUCACAAAGACAACUACUGUUCUGGUACACUCAGGUCAAUCAGAAUCAGCGUUUUUUCCCGUUAUACCCGGUGUUAUCGGAGACAUUGACAUUUCUGUCAAAGCUCAGUCAGUUAUAGCAGCAGAUGCAGUAAAAAGAAAACUACGUGUAGAGGCGGAAGGAGUAAAGAAGGAGUAUAACGUCCCUUUGAUAAUUGACAUGACCAACAAGACUACUGACCAUUAUAGUGUCCCCAUCGAAUUCCCAAGUUCACUGGUGAAAGGAUCAGAAAGGGUACAAGUCUUAACCAUAGGUGACUAUAUGGGGCCAUCCGUUUCUGGUUUAGACAAUUUACUAACUUUACCAACGGGCUGUGGAGAACAGACUAUGAUUGGCUUUGCCCCAGAUGUGUUUAUUUUUAAAUAUCUUCAAAAAACUGGACAAUUAACAGAUCCAGUCAAAGAUAAAGCCUUGUCUUUCAUGGAAAAAGGCUAUCAACGGGAACUUAAGUUUCAGCACAGGGACGGCUCAUUUAGUGUUUGGGGAUCCAAAGACAACUAUGGAAGUACUUGGUUGACAGCGUUUGUUUUGAAAUCUUUUGCACAAUCUGCAUCGUAUAUUGACAUCAACAGUGAAGUUUUGGAGAAGGCACAACAAUGGCUUAUAAACCGUCAGACGAGCUGGGGUUCAUUUAGUGAACUCCAGGGAGUCAACUCUCUAUCUCUACAGGGUGGAUCGCACAAAGAGUUAACUCUUACAGCUUUUGUUACCAUAGCACUUGUUGAAAGCAAAGAUGUUGUUAGCAAUACGCGGCUGGACUAUGUGCUACAGAAAUCCAAGACUUAUCUAGAGCAACAUGCUAAAUAUAUGAGAGAUGCCUACGAUAUUGCCAUUGUCAGUUAUGCUCUUGCACUUACCGGAAGUCCAGUGGCUGCAGAAGCUAUGAAGAAAUUGGAACCCAAGCCUUCAUCGGCCUUCACCACAACGACAACACCUAAACCUUCAUGCACAGAACCAGCCGCUGACAUUGUAUUUGUUCUGGACUCCAGUGGAAGUAUCGGUUCCAGCAACUUUCAGAGCAUUCUCUCCUUUGUUCGGGACAUGACCAGUUCAUUUGAUUUUACUAAUGGAAAAGCAAAAGUUUCCGUUGUGACCUUCAGCUCUCAAGUUUAUGAAGCAUUCCCUUUAAAUGCAUAUCAAACUGCCUCAGCAAUUGGGGAUGCUGUUUCCAGAGUACCGUAUUAUGCAGGUGGCACAGACACCGCCUCAGCACUUCGAUAUGUGGAAAACAACAGUUUUAUUGCUUCGAAAGGAGCAACAAUGAAUUCCAGCAGAAUUGUGAUCGUAAUAACAGACGGACAAUCUAACAACCCCGCCGACACAAAAGUAGCUGCUGAAGCGCUGCGAUCUAUCGGAGUCACUACAUAUUCCAUCGGCAUCGGUAGUGGAAUUGGACAAAGAGAGUUAGAAAACAUUGCCUCUGAUAUCAAUCACGUAUUUAGAGUGUCCGACUAUAAUGCUCUUCAACAGGUCCAGCUAUCCCUGGGUGGUGAAAAUUGUCAUGUUGUUGAUAUUUAUUUGCCAUGGGAGUCAUCUGGAAAAUCUCCAAAUUAUCUCUGGAAUAGUCCCAACACUCGAGCAACUCCAGUAGAUAUUGAGACGUCGGCAUACACACUCCUCUAUUAUAUGAAGAGUCAGCAAUAUGUCCAGGCCCAAAAAAUACUGAAAUGGAUUCUAAAACAAAGAAAUGCAAAUGGAGGCUUUGCGUCCACUCAGGACACCGUUCUGGCCUUACAAGCAUUGUCCGAACUUACACAUUCCCCGUCCGGAAAUUCACUUCUAGACUUAAAUGUCAAGGUCAACACUCACAAUGAAAGUCACAGUUUCAAUGUCAAUGAAAGAAACAAGAUGGUUCUUCAGAAAUUUCAGCCCUCUGGAGUUCCAGACAUAGUCAAUGUUACAGCUAGUGGGCACGGAGUGGCUUUGGUCCAGGUGGCAGUGAAUUAUAAUGUUCAGGAACAAAUAGAAAAACCAGCCUUCUUGAUCGAUGUAACAAGUCUGAAAGAAACUAUGGAAACCAUAACUACAAAGAUUUGCACAAGGUAUAACACAUCUACAGCUGUGGGGAGCGGUAUGGCUAUUGUAGAGUACGGCGUCCCGUCAGGGUAUGAAGCUGACAUGGAGAGCAUAAGCUAU